AUGGAGAUAGUGGCAGUGGCAAUUAUGUUACCAAUGAGAGAUAAUUAUGCCAAAGUUUCAGCUUCUGUAACCUUAUUCGUUGAUGAAUUGACUUGGAAUGAGGCUAACCAAUACUGUCGUAGCAUAGGACAACAUUUAGUCAAAAUAGGUCGACAGGCGAAGGAACAUUACUUACAUGAAAAUUUAGUUUCACUUAACAUAAGUCCUUCAAAAGUAGACAUUUGGAUUGGAUUACAUGCUCCGGAUCCAAAUCAACGAACAAACCUUGUAUGGACGAACAACUGCUCUAGACCGUUAUUGUAUUCAAACUGGGAACCUGGAUUGAAAAGUGGUCCAAACGAUUUAUGUGCGUAUAUUGAGGUAGAAUUGGGAAGCAUGUAUUGGUUUUUAGAUGAAUGUGAGAAAACGAAGAGAUCAUUUUUAUGUGAAUCUAAAGCAGGUAUCUGUGAUUCUGGAUACUUCUACGAUGCUGAAAGUCAUACGAGUGUAGCUACUGGGAUUGGUGGAUUAACCACGAUGAGUUCCGUUACUGUACAACAAUGUAAAAAUGCUUGCAAUCCCUCACCUAUGUGUUGGGGUUUUGUGUUUAUCCCUGCUGUACCUAAAUGUGCACUUUUUGACCUUAAUGAUGACCCUCUUUUCAUUGAAAACAACCAAGUGCAUGCUCAUAAUCAUGGUCUGUACAUGAAGAGGUGUCAUUUUGAAGUAGAUGAAGACACUAAUGUCUUGAGUAUACCACCAUAUGCUUCGUCUGGAUCUAGUGCUGUUAGUGAAUGUAUGACAACAACAAACGAAAUAACGACAACAAGACAACAAACAACUAAAGAUCAGACAACAGCAGCAAUAAUGAUACUAUCAACAAAUGCAAAUCAUUUGACAUCAUCGAAUUAUCACGUGACAGCAUCAAAGCCAGAAACCACGUCGACGGAAAAGAAUUUGAUAAAUCCAACAACAAUCCAAAAAGUCUCAACAUAUAGCACAGGUAAAAAUCCAUAUUGUGUUUGCACUUGUAGUAAUGUCACCAAAGAGAUGUCAUUGGAAGAAAGCAUCACCGAAAUAGUAAAUGCUAUUAAAGUUGAUAAAACACAAACUUCUACUUAUACAAGACAGCGUACCUGUGCAUGGGAUUCUAGGAAAUCAUCAGAAAGUAUUGGAUAUGUUGGCAUUGUGAUACUAGUAUUGAUUGUGUCGCUCCUAAUAUGCCUAGACAGUUCUCCAUUUAUCUACAAAAUUACUUCUCAGCUCAAGACGCUGACCACAAAAUCAGACCCCAUAGGUUAA